GCCUCCUUCCUGGGCUGUACUGCGGGCAUGCGCAGUGGGCGGCCUACCUCCAGCACCCUUCAGUUUAGAAUCGUAUCUGGGGGCUCUGGGGCCUUUGGGUGCCCGUGGCCGGAGCAGGAGGAGGAAGCCGAGGAAGUUGGGGUGACUGCUUAGCAAACUGCGCAGCCCAUCAACAGCUGAUGAAAUUAGUGCACAAGCAAAUCAACCAUGUCUUACACUCCAGGAAUUGUUGGUGACUCCACCCAGCUGGCCCAGCGUAUCUCUUCCAAUAUCCAGAAGAUCACACAAUGUUCUGUGGAAAUACAAAGGACUCUGAAUCAACUUGGAACACCUCAAGAUUCACCUGAAUUGAGGCAACAGCUGCAACAGAAGCAGCAGUAUACUAACCAGCUUGCCAAAGAAACAGAUAAGUACAUUAAAGAGUUUGGAUCUCUGCCCACCACCCCCAGUGAACAGCGUCAAAGGAAAAUACAGAAGGAUCGCCUAGUGGCUGAAUUCACAACAUCACUGACAAACUUUCAGAAGGUCCAGAGGCAAGCUGCUGAGAAAGAGAAAGAGUUUGUUGCUCGAGUGAGAGCCAGUUCCAGAGUAUCUGGUGGUUUUCCUGAGGAGAGCUCAAAAGAGAGGAAUCUUGUAUCCUGGGAAAGCCAAACUCAACCACAGGUGCAAGUGCAGGAUGAUGAAAUUACAGAGGAUGACCUUCGCCUUAUUCAUGAGAGAGAGUCUUCUAUUAGGCAACUUGAAGCUGAUAUUAUGGAUAUUAAUGAAAUAUUUAAAGAUUUGGGAAUGAUGAUUCAUGAGCAAGGAGAUAUGAUAGAUAGCAUAGAAGCCAACGUUGAAACUACAGAGGUGCAUGUUCAACAAGCAAACCAGCAACUGUCAAGGGCAGCAGAAUAUCAGAAAAAAGGUUCCUGCAUGUUGCUGUGAGAUACACAAGGCAUUAAAGAAAUAUAGAAAUCUACAACCAGGAAUGAAGAAUGGAACAAAACUCUUAACCUUUAUAUUUUAAAUGACAUAUUAUAAUUUUUUUGCCUCUGUUUUUUAUUUGUAUGUUGAGAUUUUGAAUGCAGUUUCUGUCAAUAUUAAACAAUGAGAAUGAUUUUGGAAAUGAAUAAAUUUACCUUAGGAAAAAUUGCCAAACAUUUACAUUUGGUGAUAUUUUCGGAGAACACAUUUUGAAGACAACUGUUUUUUAAAUUUAUUUUUCAAUUACAGUUGACAUUCAAUAUCAUAUUAGUUUCAGGUG